AUGCCUGCUUCAGCAAUCAGCUUCCAGCACAAAGGCGCUUCUCUGCAGCGCGAAGUGUCACGUAGCAUGUCCUUUUCGACCUCACCCAACGACACCUUCCACGGGCGCCGCUUGUCUACCAAUAACAGUGCCGAAGGCACCUCACCGAGUCUACGCCGGACAGGCACACAGGGGACUCCAAAACAGUUGAAGCCUUUCCGGGAACAAGACAUCAAGAUCCUGCUCUUGGAGAAUGUCAAUCAGACUGGCAGAGACAUCCUGACCGGUCAAGGCUAUCAGGUCGAGGCCUUGAAGUCUUCCCUACCAGAAGAUCAAUUGAUAGAAAAGAUCAAAGACGUCCAUGUCCUCGGCAUCCGUUCAAAAACCAAGUUGACAGCACGAGUCCUCGAAGCGGCCAAAAACCUCAUCGUGGUCGGAUGCUUCUGCAUCGGCACGAACCAAGUCGACCUGAAAUACGCGGCACAGCAUGGCAUCUGCGUCUUCAACUCACCCUUUUCCAACUCUCGCUCGGUCGCGGAACUCAUCAUCUGCGAGAUCAUCUCACUAGCACGCCAGAUCACCGACCGCAGCAACGAAAUGCACCGCGGUACGUGGAAUAAGGUGUCGGCCAAGUGCUGGGAGAUACGCGGCAAGACGCUGGGGAUCAUUGGAUACGGGCACAUCGGGUCGCAGCUGUCGGUGCUCGCCGAGUCCAUGGGCAUGGACGUCAUCUACUACGACGUGCUCAACCUGAUGGCCAUGGGAACCUCGCGACAGGUGCCCACGCUCAAGGCGCUGCUCGAGCGCGCCGACUUCGUGUCAUGCCACGUGCCCGAACUGCCGGAGACGAUGAACAUGAUCGGCGCCGAAGAGCUCGACUCGAUGAAGACGGGCGCGUACCUGAUCAACGCCAGCCGCGGCUCCGUCGUCGACAUCCCCGCACUAAUCCAUGCGUCGCGCACCGGCAAGAUCGGAGGCGCCGCCCUCGACGUCUACCCGUCCGAACCCGCGGGUAACGGCGACUACUUCACGAACGACCUGGGCCCGUGGGCGGAGGACCUGCGCUCGCUGAAGAACAUCAUCCUGACGCCGCACAUCGGCGGCUCGACGGAGGAGGCGCAGUCGGCCAUCGGCAUCGAAGUCGCCGACGCCUUGGUCCGCUACGUCAACGAGGGCGUCACCACCGGCGCCGUCAACAUGCCCGAGGUCACGCUGCGCAGCCUGACCAUGGACGAGCCCAACCAUGCCCGCGUCGUCUUUAUCCACCAGAACGUCCCCGGUGUGCUGCGCCGCGUCAACGAGAUCCUCGGCGACCACAACGUCGACAAGCAGAUGUCUGACUCGCGCGGUGAUGUCGCCUAUCUCAUGGCUGAUAUUAGUAAUGUCAAGGAGAAGGAUAUCGCUGAGCUGUAUCGCGAGCUCGAGGGCUUGAAGGAUAAGAUCGUCACGAGGAUUCUGUACUGA